GUCGACGACACGGGCCACUCUGCGGGGACAUAGCGGCGCUCGUAAGGCCACACCGCCCACUCUACUCGCGAGCGAUCAGUGGCCGAUGAAAUGACUGUCUGCUUAACAGGCUGGCUGGCACAUCGGUGCUGGGGGCCGGCCACCUCUGAGGGCCGCCGGUCGACGCCCAGUGUGACCCAGCUGUCCCUCUACCUGUGUGCGCUGCUCGCCCUCGCUGGAGAUCUUCCCAAGACAGGUGAGGGCGCCUUCAUCAAUCUGACUGCGCUGGGCCGGUCGGCGUCGCUGCCGCUCUCCAUGGACGACGACUCGCCCUACCUGAGGGAUCUCUACUGGCCGCACAACGACUCCUGGCAGAUCGCCGGCUUCGACGACGCCGAGGAAGGCCACCUGAUCGGUGACUUCCUGGCGGAGCCGCAGACGACGCCGCGGGCCUCCUCCAGACAGCCUUCCGGCCCGCCGGAGCCGGAGUUCGACGCUGGGCAGGUGACCAACGUGACGGCUCUGCUGGGGGACACCGCCUACCUGCACUGCCGCGUCAGGAACCUGGGCGAGCACGCCGUGUCGUGGGUGAGGCGGCGCGACUGGCACAUCCUCUCGUCCGGCCUGUACACCUACACCAACGACGAACGCUUCCAGGUGAGCAGUUUCAACAACCGCCAGGACUGGACGCUGCACAUCAGAUACGUUCAGAAGAGGGACAACGGCACCUACGAGUGUCAGGUGGCUACGGACAAGGGUCUGAUGUCGCACUACUUCAACCUGCACGUGGUGGUGCCCACGGCGUUUAUACUGGGCAACGGGGAGUACCACAUCGGCGAGGGCAGCACCAUCUCCCUCGUCUGCAUCAUCGAGAAUAGCGAGCCUGCGCCGCGGCCGGUGCAGUGGUGGCACAACGAGCGGCCGGUGGGCGGCGCCGGGCCGCGGGGCGUCUCCGUCAUCACGGAGCCGGGCCCGCGCACCCACUCCAGGCUGGUCGUCUCCAGCGCCACGCGCGCCCACUCCGGCAACUACACGUGCGCCGCGCCCGACACCGAGCCCGACACCAUCAACGUGUACGUCUCUCAAGGUGACAAUAUAGCAGCGAUCCAGAAGCAAGAAGUUUCCUACGCGUUUCACCACUCGUCGGCGAGGCCAGCAGUCGUCAGUAUAGCAAUUGCCGUUCUGAGGGAACUUUGGCGAUGACAACACUUUACUGCCGUGUCCGCCUUUGUAGCGUCGAAGGCGCCCUGCACAGGUCUGAGAGUGCUGUCAACUUUUUCGCACAGCCGUUCUGGAUGCGUUCUUCAAGGCGCCAUUCCUCCGGAAAGGAUCUUUUGAAGAUGUUUGCUGGGUUCUUGAAAUCGCACAACGUUACAGGGACUCAACAAAACACGUGUAUGCCACUGCUUUGGGCACUUCACUCUUUGCCAAAGCAAGUAAGAAGAGUUCCGACGAAGCCAUCGGGAAGUGCGGUCUGAUGUUUUAGGCCAGUGGUCUCCCCUCCAUACGCAUCAACUUCUGGUUGGUUGUAAUCUUAAAAAACACGAACGUUUUAGCUUACAUUUAAUCAAAGACUUCGAAUUAAUAACAGCAUACAUGUGUAAUUAUGUGUCCAUUGUUUAUCAACAGUUUUAACGUUAUUGCUCACAA